AUGUCAGAAGCUACUCCUGAUGUUUCAGAGAGCCAUUCUCAAGUUGUGUUAGACACACCUCCUUCGUCCGUGGACGAAUCGUCGAAAAUGGCGACGACAACUGGAGAAGAAAACGGCGAAUCCGUCUCUUCUUCGGCUGUUGGCGAGUCUCAAAAUGAGACUGAAAGCGAGUCAAAGAGCGAGAAUGACAGCGAGACCGUCGAUGGUGUACCAACUCCAACGCCUACCCCAGUCAAGGUUUCUUUCCCAAGGUUGGGUGGAAACUCUGGCUCUUCUUCAGGAUCAACAGGCAGCAACGCGCUAUCCUGGGGAUCUACGUUGAAGUCUGUUGGAAGUGCUGCUACCAGUAACAAGGCACGUCCAUCUUCGAUGGGUUCAGCCAAGCCCAUGCGCUCCAAAAACAUCCAAGAGGUGUUCUCUUUGGACCUUGAAGCCCAAUACCAAAUUACAAAGGCCGAGUUUUCUAGCAUUAUCCAAACCAUUAAGCAAAAAUACGACGUUUCCGUGGAAUCCACGCUUUCAAAGACUUCCCGUACUUUCCUAAUCUCAGGUGCCUCGGACAAGAUUGGCCUUGCCAGGAGAGACUUGGUCAAGAAGUUGACCAAGCCAGUUUCCGUUUCCUUUGAAGUGCCUUCGAAGACCAGAUCGGCCAUCAUUGGUUCUGGUGGUAGAACCAUCAGAGGCAUCUCAGACUCAACAGGCGUGAAGAUUGAUGUUCCAAAGGAGGUCAAUGAGGACUCAUACGAUGCGGAUUUGGAAGACUACAAUGUUUCCAUUUCUUUGCACGGUGACGCUGAAUCGGUUACAUUGGCAAAGAACAAAAUCUUAGAAAUCGUCAAGGAAGAGACCAAGAACGCCAGAAUUGUGGUCCCAGUGGAAGAUCCAAAGCUGGUCUCUUUCAUUGAACUUGAAUCUAUCGAUACCCCAGCAGAUGUCAAGGUCCAAUUAUUUACCAAUAACGAACCAUCAGAAAUUGUCUUGACCGGUCCUCGUGAUGAUGUCAAGUUGGCAAAGGUGAAGGUCAUCAAUUACAUGAACGAAUUGGGCCUGAGAAUUAUCGUCAAGAAGGAAAAGGUCCCAUUCAAGUUCCAUUCCUUGAUUAACGCUGCUGAGUUGAAAGAAAAGUUCCACGUUGAAGUGAAGCCACCACAUGCGGUCGACGAUGACCACUUUGUAUUCACUGGUCUAGCUGAUAACGUUAACGAAGCCAUCACUUACGCAAAGAACCAAUCCAAAUACCACGCCAUCGAAUCCCUAGAAAUCUCAAAGGCUCAUGGUAAGAACCUUGAACAUGCUAAGCAUUUGGUUCUAUAUUUCCAUAAGUACAACAUCUUGAAAGAAAUUAGCGAACGUUUCCCUAACGUCCAAAUAACUUUGCCAAAAUUGGAAACUGUGCCAGCUUUGGAAAGUGUCAUCAUUACCUUAAUAGCCAAGAAUGAAUUCACUGAUGAAAUUAAGAACGCUCGUAAGCAGAUUGUGGCUUUGGUCAACGAACUAGCUCCAGAACAAACCUUAGUGGUAUCGGAUUUGGACUACCAUUUGUUCCAUAAAGACAUUAAACAGACUUUACUAGCAACUGAAAAUGACGUCCAAUUUGUUCAAUUGGGUGACUACUAUCCAGACAACGACAGCAUCUUACUAAUCACUAAGGUAGAUGAAGAAGAUUUCAAGCCUUCUGAUGAUGAACUAAAGGCCAAAUUGCAAUCGGUGAACCAACAACUUGAUUCAUUGAGACAAAAGCAAAGUGCCUUGGCAUCCAACGUCUUGACUUUAUCAAAGGAACAACAAGCACAGCUCUUCAGUGAGGACAAGGUUACUUUGAAGCUAAUCAACGAAGAAGUUACCCAUGCCGGUGCACACGCUUUGAUUAAAUUGGGUACUCCUUCUGCUGACAAGAUCACCAUUAGAGGUGAUGACAACGGUUGUAAGAUUGCCUCUGCUGCUAUCAAAUCCAUCAUUGAAAACCCUUCUGUUGAAUCCAAGAUCACAUUCCAAGUCCCAACCAACGUUGUUGCUAGAUUGAUUGGUCCAAAGGGUGCUCAUCUACAACAAAUUCGUGACAAAUUUGAUGUUACUACCUUCAUUCCUCAAGAUGCAAAGGACGAACACACAGAGAUUACUUUGACCGGUUUGAAGUUCAACUUAGACCAUGCUAAGCCAUAUAUUCUUGCUGAAGCCAAGAAAUGGUCUGACAUUAUUACCAAAGAGCUUAUCGUCCCAUCAAAGUAUCACGGUACUUUGAUUGGUUCGCAAGGUAGCUACCGUAUCCGUCUAGAGAACAAAUACUCUGUUUACAUCAAAUUCCCUAAGGAAGGUGAAGUAGUGACUAUCAGAGGUCCAUCUAGAGGUGUUAAGGGUGCUUACGAAGAGUUGAAGGCUCUUUUGGAUUUCGAGAUCGAAAAUAGUCAUAAAGAAACUGUCAAGGUUCCUGUUGAAUACGUCACCAGAGUCAUCGGUAAGAGUGGUGAAACUAUCAACGAUAUCAGAGCUGAAUUUGGUGUAGAAUUGAACUUUUUGGAUAAAACUGAUAGCGAAGCUGCUAAAAAAGCAGGUGAGGUUGAAUUAGAGAUUAUUGGUUCAAGAACUAACAUUAAGGAGGCUGCAAGCAAGGUUAAGUCCAUCAUCAAAGAAGCUUCUGACUAUGAAACUGUCAAGAUCGAAGAUGUCAACCCUAAGUGGUUUAGUGAAAUCGUUGGACGUAAUGGUGCCCAAUUAAAGAACAUUAUCAGCAAGGCUGGCGGUGACUUGAUUCAUAACAAACGUUUAAGAAUUCCAGAUGCUGAUGCCGAAGAAAAGGCUAUUGUCGUUGCCGGUCCAACUGAUUUUGUGAAGAAGGCUGUUAAGCACAUCAAAGAAAUCAUCGAUAGCUUGGAAAACAGUGUUGUUGUUGAGUUAAGUGUUCCACAAGAAAAGUUCGGUCUCUUGAUUGGUCCGGGCGGUUCUGUUAGACAAGCGCUAGAAACCGAAUUCAACGUUAGAAUCCACGUUCCAAACAGGGAUAGCAAGGAUGAAACAGUAAAGAUUUCUGGUUCUCCAGCCAAUACCGAAGCUUGUAAGGCAAAGAUCGAAAAGGACAUUAUUAAGGAGAAGUUCGAUGCUGUUGUCGAAGUUCCAGCUGAGUAUCACUUCUAUGUUUCUAAUUCUGGUCUACUAUUCCAAACCUUGAGAAAUGAACUCUCAAUCGACGUUUCUCAUGGUAAAUUUAACAGAACAGCUCAAAAAUUGGCUCGUGCUAAGUACACUGUUCCUGAAAAUAUCAGAGAAAAUGAAGGUUCCAAAUUCAAUGUUAUUACUAAAAAGCUUGAAGAACCUGAAUCUACAUCUCAAAGUAUUCCAUGGAGAUUGACUUAUGAUCCUGUGGAUUUGAGUGAUGUUCUAGGUGAAGAGUACAAGAAAGAAAUCGAAAGCAAAGAUACCGUUAUCGAAAAGGUUACUAAGUUGAUAGAAGAAAGAAUUGCCGAAGCCAAGAAUGCCAACACCGAAGGCUUUAUCUGGGCCAAAGAUCCAAAGAAGUUCAGGAACAUCGUUGGUCCAAAUGGUAGUAAAGUUAAGGAAAUCAGAAACUCUACUAAGACUGUUAUCCACGUUCCAAGAAACAACGAUGCAGUUAACGAUGUCAUUUACGUUAGAGGUUCGGAAGAAGGUGUAAAGAAGGCAGUCGAAUUGAUUACCAGCAAGUUAUGA